AUAUGGUGUGUUGCCAUAUAUUGCUCCAGAAGUUUUAAAUGGAGAACCAUAUACAUUAUCUUCUGACAUUUAUAGUUUUGGUGUAGUUAUGGCUGAAUUAUCAUCUGGAAAACCACCUUUUCAUAAAAGAAAACAUGAUAAUAGCUUAGCAUUAGAAAUAUGUAAUGGACUCAGACCAGAAUUUGGAAAAGGAACUCCUGAAAUUUAUAAGAAAUUAGCUCAUAGAUGUAUGAAUGCUAAUCCAAAUCAAAGACCAACAGCCAAUGAAUUAUAUGAAAUAUUAGAUNNACCAGAAUUUGGAAAAGGAACUCCUGAAAUUUAUAAGAAAUUAGCUCAUAGAUGUAUGGAUGCUAAUCCAAAUCAAAGACCAACAGCCAAUGAAUUAUAUGAAAUAUUAUAUUGUUGGUAUCAUUAUAAUGAUGAUGAAAAAUAUGGUUAUAAAGGAAAAGAAGUUAAAGCUGUAUUUGAUGAAGCUGAUAAAGAGAUACCAAAUAUUUCAGCCUUGUAUGAAAAAGAUCCUGAUGCUAUUUACACUAGUAGAGCAUUUACAUUUAAAAAUUUAUCAAAACCUAUUAAUUCAUCUUUUAUUGUUACAACAUAUCUUAAUGAAGAAGAUAAUGAUGGUUGUCAGGAUUCUCAGUUAGUUGACUUAGAGAUUUCUAGUUCAUUAAAAUUAAAGGAUGAUGAUGUUGUCAACUAAACGAAUCAAAUUCGAAAUCUUAUACUCAAAUAUUGUUUUUUAUACUAUCCUAAGGUAUUAUGUGGAUUUUUUUUUUAAUAAAUAUUUUAUAUACGUAAUAUUGUAAAGGAAAAAUCUACUUUCAUGGCUUUGUAAUUAGUUGUUUUUAUUUCUAUUGCUAUUUUCUCACUUUUAGUUUGUUCAAUAACUCAUUUCU